AUGACGACCCACGUUGGUCCAUGCGAGGGCUGUGACCUCGGCGGCGGCGUUACUGCAUCCGCACUAGUGUUUGCAACCGCCUCGAGCUUCACGACUUUACAUUCACAGCAGCGUCGCUCGGGUCUCGCGAUAGAAGAGCAAGAUCGCCGUUAUAUCGAUGCGCUGAAGUAUCACACGGUCUACAACGAAAAUCUUGUUCCGCCCCGACAAACGUUCUAUCCCGCCUCGCGCAUCACAUCCAUCAUGGCGGCACGUCGCGCGUUUGCGUUCACGACGUUUUGCAAGCCUUUACAAUACCUGCAAAUACGCUCAUACAUGCCAUCACAUGUACGAAGAUACGAGGAUCUGUGGAAUGAGGAAAAGCCGGCACCGAAGAAGAUAGGCAUCCAUCCCGACGAACUCGAAGAGCUUCUAGCAAAGCCCACCUGGUCCGUCGAGUCUCUACUACCACCAAAGACGCGCGCUCCCGACGCCCCCCAGAUUACCUCUCAACAACUACAUCAUCUCCUCCGCCUAUCAGCCCUCCCGCCACCCGAAACGGCCGAACAAGAGCAGAAGAUGCUAGACACACUAGCAGCGCAAUUACACUUUGUGGGCAAGAUCCAGGAAGUGGAUACAACAGGUGUGAAGCCGUUGCGGGCUAUACGGGACGAAACGAUGGCUGCAGAAGAAGAGCAGACGAUUACGUUGGAGACGCUAAGGGAUGCUUUGGAUAAAGAGAAGGUUAUAGGACAGCAUCACAAGCGGCUACAACGAGAUCCUACGCCUGUGGAUGCGAGAGAUGUGGAGGAUUGGGAUGUUCUGGGCUCAGCGGAACGGAAGUCUGGCAAAUACUUUGUCGUAGAGAGCGAACGGCCGCAGGAAUGA